GUGGUUUCGUAGCCGUUCCGCUGUCGUAUCCACAGUCGCUGUCGAGAAAAGUCAUUUUCGACGUCGAGUGUCACAUUUUCCCCGGACUUUUCGCCGUAAUCCCGUUCGCGUGCACCCUUGCAGCCGUGCAAAGAGCCAAGUCGCGUUUGCCGAGGGUCGGUCAGUAGCCCAGGCGCCGUGCAAAGUGGAUUUUCUGUUGAAGAGUGCAGCAAAUAACAAAAUAAGGAGUUGCGUGCAAUUUUCUUAAAGUCAUACAUUGAUGUUGAGGGCGGCGGUGUGUGUGUAUGUGCACAGUCGGACUGAUCGGAGUGAAAUGACAUUCAAGUUGUUUUUCUCGCUGGCAUACGCUGAAUCGGCGUGAGUGAAGGAUCCAGUGUAUCGUCGCGAAGCUGGUGGUUGGCUGGUGUAACAGAGACAGACAGAGCCGCACUUCGUGUAAGACUCCCGUUUGUCGGAUCGAGACGGAAGUACAGCAUCGUGUUUGGAUUACGCCGUACAUGCGAUUCGGUUGGAUGUGUGGUCGGUGCAUACCAGCGAAACUUGUGUAUGACAGUUACGGAAUAUGUGAAGAUUUUGACAGGAUCGUAAUUUGUUAUACGCCAGACCAGCCUAGCAGUAUCAGCUGUUGCAGGACAUUCGUAAUCGGAAAAUCACUUGUGUAUUGUUGCAUUUAAUGCCGACCCGGAGAACUAUAGGCGAUCGUUGAAUGUCGACCAUUCAGGCACAAUGCAAAGUUUGGAUUCAUCAUGUCAAGAAGCUGAUACUAUAAUAAAUGACGCUUUGUUGAAACUUAAAGGAUCAUCGCUUCAAUCCAACGCCUCGAAUACAUUUCGGCAGCCGCAUCUCCUGCAGUCGCAGCAGAAUCACCAAUACCAAACACAUGAGGCCCAGCAGCCUCAUCACAACUACAUCCACCAAACUGGAUCUAUCGGAGGCCUCAACACGUUGUCAUAUCAUCCGCCACAGUAUCUGUUCGAUACCCCCGACUUACCCACAGAAUUUCCCACGAUCUCGCAACUCGGCGACCAUGAACUGUUGUCGUCAGUUAAUUCGGUGGCCGAGCAGCACCAACAAAUUCAAUCGAUGUCCCCGCCAUCGUUACUUUCGAACAUUGCUUCAAUUAUAUCACCAUCGCCGGUAGUACCGGAAUGUCUGUUGAACGUUUCGCCACCAUCGCCGACACUAAACAGUCUGAAACCUGAAAAACGUCCGCUUCUUACGUCGUUAGCGUCUUCUGAUAAUUUUAGUAGUAGCAAUCAAUUAAGCAACUCAUCAUCACCUAGUAAAAAACCAAAAUUAACCAAUUUUUCGAUAUAUGGUGAGGGGACGGCGUCGUCUACGUCGGCGUCAUCAUCGAUUCUGCAGCCGUUGCUUAGUUCUUCCAGUUCAUUAGCUAAUAAUAGUAACAAUGCGAAAUUUCUAUCAACAUCGGCACCGUCAAGCCAGCAGCAGCCACAGAGUUCCAUUGGCGACAAUAAAGGCAACGUCGAUCAGUUUAGGUCCUCAAAAGUUGUGUAUUCGACUUCGGUCAACAGUAAUUUACUCAAUCAUCCGAUUGCUGGCGGUAGCAACAGCGGUAUCGGUGCUCAUCAAGCAAAUAUUGUGUCAUCGAGUCCACAAGGAGCGGCCUCGUCCUCGCCAUCCCCAUCACAGCAAUCUCACACAGCGAAUCCAUUAGCAUCUUCUAGUGCUUCGACCGGCGGAGCUACAGCAGCAUCUUCGAGUUCGAGUUCAACAGCAUUUUUUGAUAUUCAUGACAAAAUUAGGGAGUUGUAUUUGUAUCUACUCAUUCACGAUGAAAAAGCAUUGAAAGAAAACAGGAAAAGACAUCGCAGCCGUUCAUUUGUUCUUGAGCGACUUGUGGAAAGAGAAAAACUCAACACGAUUGUAUUAAAUUUGUACCCAGGCAACAAGGGAUACUCCUUAGCAUUUUAUCAAGAUGAUAAUCAAAUUGAAGCUUUAAACGAUUCGGCCGUGAAUAGUGCAAGUGCUUCGAAUGAUUGCAUAAGCAGUAGUACAAUUUUGGGAGACGGAGGAGGCGGGCCCGGCGGUGGAGGUGGUGGUGGCGGUGCAUUAUUCGAAGGUAGCGGCGGACUAGCAAGCAAUGUAGGAUCCUCGACGGCACUAACGGGCAAUAGUGGUGUGAAGCAUGGAACAAAUGGCGCAAGCUCUAGUCGAUUGAAACAAACACAAAUUAGUAAUAAUAGUUUAAAUAAUAAAAAUAGCAAUAAUUUGUUAUCCUCUAAAGCUGAUAUCGUUGACCUGGAUAUCAUAUUAGGAGGAGGCGGCGACAAUUUGAAAUCUACAAAUAUUUUCGAUAAUUAUAAUAUGAACGCUACUACUCUGAACGCAGAGGACAAUAUGUUUGUGCAGAGCAGCAGCACAGCGGCCGCAUCCGUAGAUAAUAAUCCUGAUAAAGACGACGAUGAUAAUUUAGUGGAAGUAAUGAGUUGGCCAUACGAAGUGGAUGACCUGCUGAAUAGUAUUGAUAAAGAAGAAUUGCCAAUAUUUAUUUCCGAUCUCCUAGAAACUCGAAUACCAAACGUUUUCUAUUCGGGUUGUGUUAUUUGUCAAGUGCGUGAUUAUCGACAAACUUUUCCCAUUUCAUCAAAUAGCUGUGAUAUUUAUCAUGUUUUGCUGAAACCCACCAAUGAAGUGUUGUAUUCUGAUAUUAAUCAACUAUCAAUUGAUUCUGAUAUUAGUAGCGACGAUAAGUUAAUAUUGGAGAGUCAAUUGAUAUUAGCGACUUCGGAGCCCUUGUGCUUGGACCCCGAUCCGAAAAUCGGUCGGCAUGCUAUAAACAGCCAGCACAGGAAGCAAAUGUGGAACACAUCACCGUUGCGCCGUCAAAUGAAGAAAUAUUCCCAAAUAUCAAUCAACCGAAAACGGAAAAUAGAUCAGUUCACUCAUCAUUACGGUCUAGAGUUAUGUGAUUAUUUGCAACGAUUGAGGCAACGGCCGCGACCAUUGCCCACAGUACCGAUUGGAGUGGCAGGCGCUAGUCGGAACGCGACAAAUAGCAAUACCACAACACAUAUGCUUGCAUCGAUUUCAAAACUUCAGAAAAAACCGAGUGAGAUAUUGCGUCCGAUCCGCGCACCAAACCUCGACUAUCCACCACUUUCCGAUCCGGGAACCGUCGAUGUUUUGAGCUUAGCAAAAGCCUACCCGCAUAAGAAUCGCGAAGCCAAAGAGGAUUUUUUGCCGGUACUAAUCGAAGAGUAUACGUUAGAAUCUGAUCGUGAAAACGGACAUGUUUAUCUUAUUAAACUGUCGAUAUAUCAAAGGCCAGCGACUGCGGAAUACUUAGGGGAAUUGUACGUUGAUAGGAUAUAUAAACAGGGUGGUGAGCAUAAGGGAGAAUCAUGUAGAUUUUCACUAGGUACUCGCGCUUACGCAAAUCGUUAUAUUCAACAAUUUACGGAGAUUUUCACCGAGGAAGGAAGAAAAUCUGUUCGCAUUAUUCACAGGGUUCCUGGGCAGCCGGCUAAGGUGUCCUGGACUAGUGGCUAUCGUCCUGCAAACUACCAGGACCAACAGAAGCUUCAACAAACCCAACAGCAAAUCGACCUGAAUGCUGCGGCGCAAAAUCAACAACAGCAGCAAACUCAAAUUCCGCACCAAUCACAUCACCAACAGGUGCAAGCAGUGGCGUCAAUAUCUCAGCAAUCGACACAACCUCAGCCUCAGCAAAUACAACAAACCUUCCAAACAAACCAAAUUAUAACGCCAACCUUAAAUGCCACCAGUCCCAAUCAAUUGCCUGGCAAUCAACAGCUCAACAUCAAUCUUCAGAGUGGAAAUAUAGUUGGCAUUACAACGGCCGGCAACGUUCAACAAUUACGCCAAACGACACAACAAAUCUUCGAUACGUCCGGAAAUUCAGUGAAUGUACAAACACAGCCUGGUCAGCAGAUAAGCUUAAAUAAUGGUUCCUUGGUGUUGGUGAAGCAACAGCCCUCUAGUUCCGGUGUGCCUGCCACUUUAGCGAUACAAACAUCGUCAAACAAUCAACAAAAGGCUCAAAUAGUUAGUAAUGGUGGACAAAUAACUGCUGCCAAUUCAAUUAGGGCUCAACUGGCAGCGAACGUUCCCAUCUUGCAAGCUCAGUUGAAAGCAGGGCCGAUUGUAGCAGGCCAACAUCAGCAGCAAAUUAUUCAACAGAAAGUGGCAAAUCUGAAUCAGACAAAUAAUCCAAAUGCCAAUACAUAUGUUACGGGUUUCAUGAAUGUUUCAAACGCCUUCCAGCAACAACAGCAACAGCAAACCCAGCAACAACAAACGCAGCAAGUUCAGGUUCAACAACACACGUCGCAAAAUAAGUCUGCAAACAAUGCCGCUAUCUUAAGUUUGCUGAACAGUGCUCCCGCGGCAAUGACCAGCACGCCUAUUAGUAGUACAUUCAAUGCGACAACUGUACAGCAAGGGCAAACAAUUGUGCAACAACAGCAGCAACCGCACCAAUCAAUUUCCGCCGAACAACUCUUGCAGCAACCGCCACGGAAAACGAAUGAGGUGAUACAAAACCUUCUUAGCAAUAAUAUUCGUAAGAUCAAUAUGGCUGGCAACAAUAACCAAGCUGUUGCGGGUCAAAAUCGUGCGACGAAUUUAAUAGCCGUUGGUUUGCCAUCCGAUGGCAGUGGAAAUCAAAGUGUGAGAGUCACAAUGUCGGCGCUAGCUUCACAGUUGGCAUCACCACCUGCACUGAUGACGAAUUCAAAUUUCGGAUUCACCAACGCGUCAACGAAUAACAACAACAACGUGACUAUAAGUAAUAAUAAUAUAAAAAUACUCAAUAACGCCGGUCAACGAAUAAUUAGUGCCAGUGCAUUGCGGCGGGAUUCACUAGCCACGGCAGCCCCGUCGCCCGGCAGUGAUUCCAAUGCCUCAAACACUUCGGGAACGUCAAACUUAGGAUUUGCAAUGCCCGGCUUGAAUCCCCUGCUUGCUACUUCGCCGUCGUCCGGCAGCGAUCAGUCGCAGGUAACGUCACACGGCGCCAGUGGAAAUGUGGGGAACGUGACAACACUAACCAAUCAAGCCCUCUAUGAAAGACUGAAUAGCGGUAGUGGUACAAAUACAAGUUCUGGGCUGUCGCCACAGCAACCUGCAAAUGUUACCAAAAAUCUAGUUCAACACGUAUCUAACGUACAAUCGCCUGCAGCUUCGAUAUCACCUAUGUCUAGUCCACCACCACAACCUUCCCCGCAACAGGUGCAAGUGCAGCAAGCUGGCCAAACAACGACGUUAACUUUGCAAGGCAUUAACUUACAGUCGCUCCAAGGUGCAAUGGCAACAUUCCCCGGCCUACAGAAUGUACAAGUGCAAAUACCCGGCCUUCCGCAGACAAUUUCCUUGCCACUGUCUAAUACGCAAUUAGCUUCAGCUUCAGGGAACGUAAGUGGAAAUCCGCAAGGAGCUGGCCAACAAGCGACGAGUCUUCUUGUCUCUGUGCCUGUGACAAGUACAACGCAGGUAAACACUAUGCAAACAGUUCCUGGUGGAUGCGGUACCGUUGUCUCAGCCGUGCCAGCAACUGGAGCAGCAACACAAACAGUAGUAUUAACAAAUGCCGGAAACGCCGGAAACUCACAGACUGGUUCUAUGUUAUCACUGCCAAUUGCUCAACUAGUUGCAUCGGGUGUUAAAGGAUUGAAUUCACAAACGCUUCGGACAGCAACGGUAUCGGGUGGUACGUCGAAUAACGUAAUAAAUGCGAAUAUAAUUCAGACCUCGAAUGGCAACGGUAGUAUGAAUAAUGCUGGUGGACAAUCGUUACCUGGCGCUGUGAACAUUGGCAAUUCAAUUCAACUGUUAGGAACACUCCAACAAAGGCCGCGAAGUAUACAAGUUGUCGGGGCUAAGCCAAUAGCAAAUCGUGGACAAUUAACGCAACGAAAUCUUCCAAAUACAACGUUGAAGCUAACAACUGCACCUGCAGGUCCAACUCAGAUAACGACUACAGCUAAUCUAACUGCCACUCCCCUCGUGAUGUCAACACAAAAACUCCAUUUAAAAUUACAAAAACAGAACGCUGCAAUCCUACAACAGCAGCAACAACAACACGCCCAGCAGCAGCAAACCCAGUCGUCACAUCACCCGCAACAACAGCAGCAGUUGCCGAACCAACAGCAGCAGCAACACAUCCAGACCGCUCUAACGCAAAAUUUGGCCACAAUAGCGGCUGCCAAUCAAAAGCGACGACGAUCAGCGACUGAUGUAAAUAAAUAAUAUAGCGUGGUCGUGUUGAUACCUUCACCAUCGUCAUCGACCGGCUAAACUAUCAACUAAUUCUAGUAAGCUAAAGGCAGAGACCAGAGAAAGAUUCGCUAAACAAUUGUAUAUGCAACAUUCAGAAAAUUAUCAUAACGACAAUUUAAUGAAUUCUCUUAUAUAUAUAUUAUAUAUAAACAUAAAGUAGUUAUAUGAUUUCUGGUAGCUUCAGUUCUAUUUUACAUUUUAAUUAAAUUUUUAAAGUAAAUACCUUUUAAGCUACGCUUGUUUUAAACACUCAUCUUGUUACAUCUAGACAUGAAAGUGUAAUUGGCACGUAAUUAUCGUGUAAUUUUGUAAUUUUUAUUUAUAUAAAUAUCUAUUUAGAUGAUGAAAUUAGAAACGAAAGAGGAAGCGAGUUUAAGACGUAGAAGGAGCGAAGCAAGGAAAGCAAAGUAACAAAAAUAAUUCAAUCACAAUUUAUAAGUAGGUCAUUCAUUGCGAGCUUUAACAGAAAGCGUGAAAGUUAGUUUCCUUUUGUAAUAAAACGUUAUCAUAGGUU